GCAUUCCGGAGCGUGCCAGCCAGCCGACCUUCCCGCGCGCGUUGCUUCGGAGCUGCGAUGCAAAGGGAACGGUCGCCACCGCUCCUCCUCCUCCUCCUUCCUUUCCCACCAUGCCCGGGUGUGUCACGUCUAGACGCGUCCCCCGCUCCCUUUGGAACGUUGCCGGCGCCGGCGUUCGGGCCUUGGAACGUUGCUGGCGCCGGCGUUCGGGCCUUGGAACGUUGCGUCGCCCGGCGUUCGGGCCUUGGAACGUUGCCGGCGCCGGCGUUCGGGCCUUGGAACGUUGCGUCGCCCUGCCUUCGAUACCCCCAGAGCGGCGGAGAGUUCCGCGGUCGGCGUUGGGAUCUUGCGCGCCUUUGAGCGAUCCGCGGCGCUUAAGCCGGUCGAAAUGAGCGACUCCAGCGGCAGCGCGGUCAGCCCGCUCCGUUCCUACCCAACGUUGCCCGUCUGGGUCGUGGAAGACCAUCACGACGUUCUUCCUUUCAUUUACCGAGCCAUUGGUUCAAAGCACCUUCCGACCAGUAACAUCAGCUUUCUCCAUUUGGAUUCCCACCCUGAUCUUCUCAUACCAGUGAACAUGCCUGCAGAUACCGUGUUCGACAAAGACGCUCUGUUUGGUGAGCUAAGUAUUGAAAACUGGAUCAUGCCUGCUGUUUACGCUGGUCAUUUUUCACAAGUGAUAUGGCUGCAUCCAGCUUGGGCUCAACAAAUUGAAGAAGGCAGCCAUCAUUUUUUAGUGGGUAAAGACAUCUCCACUACUACAAUAAGGGUUACAAGCACUGACAAUUACUUUCUUUCCGACGGCCUUUACGUCCCUGCCGGUCAGCUAGAGAACGAGAAGUCCCUACAUCUAACUGUCUGCCUUGUGAAUCCCUCCGAAGCCUCUGACAACGGGGAGGAAAGGCGAGCUCUGCCUUCUGCUAAGAAGCUCAAGUUGAGCGGGGUUGAAGGAGCACCCACUGCUGUGGCCUCUUCGUCAAAGGCCGCUGGUGCCCUCCUCUCCUGCAACUGCGAGGAUGCGCAGACCAAAGGCUUAGAAAAGGCAGUCCCUGUGUAUGAGAAGCCAGACAGCUUCCAGGCGCCCUCUGGGUCCUGCGCCUUUGGGAACCACACGUGCCAGACGACCGAGCUUGUCAAAGACGUUCUCCAAGUGUUGCAAAAGGGGGCUGCUUACGUUUUAGAUAUUGACUUAGAUUUCUUUUCGGUAAAGAAUCCUUUCAAGGAAAUAUACACUCAGGAGGAAUACAAGAUCUUACAAGAACUGUACAGUUUUAAGAAGCCUAACAGCAAUUCAUCAGAGGAAGACUUGCUAGACUGCGUUGAGAAUCGCAUCCACCAGCUCGAAGAUCUAGAAGCAGCUUUUGCCGACUUGUGUGACGAUGACACCGAAGAGAAUCUGAAAAGAUGGGCUUCAAAUCCCGGGAUGAAGUCUCUUGUUCAACUUGUGCAUAGUUUAAAAAAUCGAAUGGGAACCCCUGACUAUGAGAUGGUCCAUCAAGCUGGCCUUACAUGCGAUUACUCGGAAAUUCCUCACCACGUUAGCACCGAACAAGAGAUAGAGGGUCUCGUACAGUCUGUCAAAGAUGUUUUGAGAAGCUUGCCGAAGCCGACUCUUGUGACAAUAGCCCGGUCUAGCUUGGAUGACUACUGUCCUGCAGAGCAAGUUGAGCUCAUACAAGAAAAGGUCUUGAAUGUGCUGCGCUCGACAUAUGGGACGUUGGAUGUUCACUUAGAGUACUUGGAAAAUGCGUGUCCCACCGGAACGGAUUCUUCCACCACGAUCUGAUCAAUGCAGCUGUAGUCGUAGAUGCCAAAGUGUGAUGUGGCGAAAGUGCUUUUUCUCUCUCUCUGCAGAAUGGCAUCCUUAUAGAAUCAAAGGCUUUCUGUGAGGCUGGACUGUGUUUUUUUCGCUCAGUGACACUCGCCACCUAGACUCCUUUUUCUUUUCUUUUUCUAAAGAGAAGCGUUCUGUUGCUGUUGUUACUUUUUUAUUCCUUAUAGAUUUGCUUAUAAGAAGAUGAAAAAAAUGCCCAGGAAAUCGCUCUUCCUGUAUUUCUGCAGGUGUCUUUCUACAAACAAACAUUUGAGGAAGAGAUCUCAGCUUUUACUCUAGCAUCAUUGGGUUGAUUUCUUAGUUCAUUCUUGAAAAUCUUGCUAGAAGAUUUGCAUUUUGCUUUCAAACAUUGACUAUCCUGGCUGUGUCCUUUGUUCCUUCUAUACAUCAUCAUCAUCAUCAUUUAAAAAUCACAUUUGUAUCCCACCAACAGGGUGGCCUUCAAGGGGUUGUCCCAUUUUUACUCUUCCACCAAGACCCCAGUGGUGUAAGUUAGGUUGAAAUAUUAUGACUCUUCCCAAUCUAAGUUUAGCAUUGUACCCACUAGAGCACACUGGGUUAUAUCUUGAGUUUUUUAAGGUGCCUGACAGCAUGUGUGUGUGUGUGUGUGUGUGUGUGUGUGUGUGUGCGCGCACACAGAGAGUAUGGGGGGAUUUUUUUUUCCUGGAACCCUGAGCAUUCUUGCCAAGAAGCAAGCCCCUAAUAAACUUAGUGCAGUGUACUUCCGCAUAAAUCUAUUUGGGACUGGGCUGCAUAGCAAAGAUUGCGAGGGUGUACUUUUAAAACUUUGCUUUGUUUGUGACUAAGAUGUAUGAUUUUAUUGUUGAAGCGUAGAAGUUAAGAUCAGGCAAAUGCCUGUUUUAAAAAAAUGGUUACUACCCCUGUGUCUUUAAAAGUGUGGCCCCUCCUCACUGGGGCCUCCAAUGGGGGUGGGGAAAAGUGUGGCACGGAAAGCUUUAUUUCCUGCGUUCAUAGAGAUAAGUGGCAGGAAAGUCCCACCCCCUCGAUAAUUGUGAGUUGCAGGCUCCCAUAAAAAGCACAAAGUGGGUGGUGUUUUUUGUUUCUGUUCUUUAAGAGAACUGGCAACUCUACAAUAAAGUCCCGGACGUUUCUUGUGA